GCCAAUCGCAAUAGCCAGUGUGUCGCGCGGCUGUUAUGACAGUGUCUGGGGCUGCUACUGGUACUUUGUGACGUGCACUUUCCGUGUGGAUUCCAUGAAAUGUCAGCUCAAAGUUUCUUGUCCUGAUUGGUUACUUCCAACAACUAAGAGUCGAGCGACCAGACUUUCAUAUAACUCACUGUUCUUUUUUUAAUAAAAUCUUGAGCUUCCAGAAUCGUAAGAGUGCUUCCAGAAUCGUGAGAGUGCUUCCAGAAUUGUGAGAGUGCUUCCAGAAUCGUGAGAGUGCUUCCAGAAUCGUGAUAAUUCUUCCAGUGAAGGUGAGUUAAAUAAUAAUUUCUGUAAAAUAUGAAAACAAUUUUCCCCAAGGUCAUUAGCGUAUAAAGAGCGGGGCGGGGUGGGGGUGGUUAGAGGGUAGGUCUAUCCCCCCCCCCCAAUAUGCAGCAAAGUCAAGGAACACCCUGGGCGUCACAAACUCUAUCUUCUCUGCGGCCCAGGAUUUGCCCGAUGGGUGGGUUACCUGUCGCCCGGUUCGUAGGUCAACUGUCGCCCGGUUGGUAGGUCAACUGUUGAUGGACAUGAGUCGUUAUUAUUUACAAAUUGCUGGACAGCGCCUCUAUUCUUCUGUGUUAUCUAAAAAGUGGGAAAUAUAAGUAGGAACUAUACGUAGUAAUUAUACGUGGGAAUUAUAAGUGGGAAACAAAAGUAGGUAAUAUGAGUUGGAAAUAUAAGUGUUAAAUAUAAUUUGGAAUUAUAAGUUGGAAAUAUAAGUGUGAAGAUGUGUUGUAAAAAAAUAUAGUUAUUGUUAUUAGUGUGACCAGUGUAAAAUAUGGGAUAAGCGUAACAAACACAUUACUUGAGAAAUAAAAUGUGACAUGUUGUGUUGUACAAUACCGUAAAUAGCUCUUGUCUAUUUUGUGCAACAGUUUGGAAAACACUCCAUUAAGAAUUGACUGCCAAAAACCAUUGCCAGCCCUGUCUCGUACAACCACUGCUAGCCCUUUCUCCCACAACCACUGCCAGCCCUGUCUCCCACAACCACUGCCAGCCCAGUCUCCCACAACCACUGCAAUCCCUGUCUCCCACAACCACUGCCAGCCCUUUCUCGUACAACCACUGCUAGCCCUUUCUCCCACAACCACUGCCAGCCCUGUCUCCCACAACCACUGCCAGCCCAGUCUCCCACAACCACUGCAAGCCCUGUCUCCCACAACCACUGCCAGCCCUGUCUCCCACAACCACUGCUAGCCCUUUCUCCCACAACCACUGCCAGCCCUGUCUCCCACAACCACUGCCAGCCCUGUCUCCCACAACCACUGCCAGCCCUGUCUCUCACAACCACAAAUUAGUUUUUGUCACUAAAAGAUUGUAUUUUUAUUUUGAUAACCCCUCCACCAAAAACACCCAAACCACCAGACCAACCCCCACCCCAAGCAUUUCAACCUGUCAGAGAUCCUACACGCUGUCACGUAUACGGGCAUAGACUUAAUUCCUAACAUGCGUGUCCCAUUGGCUGCAGUUUAGUUGGUGCGCAAGAUAACAUCACAGCGUCAUAUAUAUAUAUAUAUCAUGUUGAUCUUUGUUUUCACGUUUGUUGUUUUGUAUUUUCCUGGUCUAUUGUUAAAGUAAAUGCUCCUAUCUUUAAUGUUAUGCAGUUGUCUGGUUUAUUGUUAAAGUAAAUGCUCCUAUCUUUAAUGUUAUGCAGUUGUCUGGUUUAUUGUUAAAGUAAAUGCUCCUAUCUUCAAUGUUAUGCAGUUGUCUGGUUUAUUGUUAAAGUAAAUGCCCCUAUCUUUAAUGUUAUGCAGUUGUCUGGUUUAUUGUUAAAGUAAAUGCCCCUAUCUUCAAUGUUAUGCAUUUCUCUGGCCUAUUGUGGUAGAAAAUGCCCCUUUCUUCGGUGCGAAACCAUCAAAUAGGAUACAUUAAUUCAUAUGUUUGUUUCAUUACCUCCCUUUGAAUGAGACCAUGUUCAGCUAGAUCUUGAUUCGCAUAGCAGCAGACGCAGGUGUGUACAAGUCUUACUGGUUCUACCAAUAAAAUUGAUUCAAAUCCAAACUCACAAAAAUAAAUAGUCUUAACUAAGUGCUUGUGUGUGUGUGUUUGGCUGUUAGGUAGCGUAGAGGAAAUGUCUUUUUAAGAAACCAUUGAUUUGGAGCAUCAAUGUCAUGUGACAUACACAUGUAAAUUCCCAUGCCACGUAAAUUUCCGUCGAUAGCUCUAGGAUCAGGGAAAAUCCAACUCUAAAGCCCUUUAGUAUAUCUUGAGAUGUAGCCUGAUGUUUAGCGAUGUAGCCUAAUCUCUUGUUUAGAGAUGAAGUCUGGUGAAUUGUUUAGAUAUUGAGUCACGUGCAUUGUUUAGAUAUUGAGUCACGUGAAUUGUUUAGCGAUGUAGCCUAAUCUCUUGUUUAGAGAUGGAGUCUGGUGCAUUGUUUAGAUAUUGAGUCACGUGAAUUGUUUAGCGAUGUAGCCUAAUCUCUUGUUUAGAGAUGGAGUCUGGUGCAUUGUUUAGAUAUUGAGUCACGUGAAUUAAGUUUUGUUUUCUAAAUUAGUGACACUUGUAACAAUAUCUUUUGUAAUGAAGAUUUCGAUUUACAAAAUUCUUUUGAUAAAAGAAAGACACUAAAGGUAAUAUCAUCUUGAACUGAUGGAGUUGAUGAAAGUAAUGAGAAAAGUUUUAGCUACAUGGGAUAACUGCGAAAAGAGGCCACCCAUUCAAAGCCAUUACAGAGAGGCCAGCCAUUCAAAGCCAUUAUAGAGAGGCCAGCCAUUCAAAACCAUUACUGUGAGGCCACCCAUUCAAAGCCAUUACUGAGAGGCCACCCAUUCAAAGCCAUUACUGAGAGGCCACUCAUUCAAAGCCAUUACAGAGAGGCCAGCCAUUCAAAGCCAUUACAGAGAGGCCAGCCAUUCAAAGCCAUUAUAGAGAGGCCAGCCAUUCAAAGCCAUUACAGAGAGGCCACCCAUUCAAAGCCAUUACAGAGAGGCCACCCAUUCAAAGCCAUUACAGAGAGGCCACCCAUUCAAAGCCAUUACAGAUCUGAAACGGAAAACAUGGCUGUUGUUACAUUAAAGAAAAUGGAUGUAAACAAAAAAAGAAAAUAUGAUUUUAUGGUGUUGGAAGCACUCUGAGAAAUGUUCCCUCAUAAAUCUUUCAUGGUUACUUGUCCACUAUUUAGCAAUAACAAUGUAUGACAUCACUUCCUUGGUUACUUGUCCACUAUUUAGCCAAUACAUUGUAUAUGACAUCACUUCCUCAGUUACUUGUCAACUGCUUAAGGAUUACUUUGUAUGACAACACUUCCUCAGUUACUUGUCCACUAUUUAACGAUUACAUUGUAUGACAUCACUUCCUUAGUUACCUGUCCACUAUUUAACGAUUACAUUGUAUGACAUCACUUCCUUAGUUACUUGUCCAAUAUUUAACAAUACAAAGUAUGGCCUCCUUUCAAUUUUAUUUCUAGGAUUGAACCAUGGAGGUUCCUGAAAUUCGAAUGUCCUUAGACUCAUCACCAUCCACCGAUGAACAGCAUCCUCAUCACCACCAUCACCACCAUCACCAUUUGACUAGGUUUACAGGGAAAGGUGCAGAGGCUUCUGGGAAACGGGUUGUUGUUGGCGUGGAUGGUAGCGAACAUUCGAACUAUGCUUGUGAUUGUAAGUACUUUUGUGGGUAGUCAUUGCUUGUGAUUGUAAGUACUUUUGUGGGUAGUCAUUGCUUGUGAUUGUAAGUACUUUUGUGGGUAGUCAUUGCUUGUGAUUGUAAGUACUUUUGUGGGUAGUCAAUGCUUGUGAUUGUAAGUACUUUUGUGGGUAGUCAAUGCUUGUGAUUGUAAGUACUUUUGUGGGUAGUCAAUGCUUGUGAUUGUAAGUACUUUUGUGGGUAGUCAAUGCUUGUGAUUGUAAGUACUUUUGUGGGUAGUCAAUGCUUGUGAUUGUAAGUACUUUUGUGGGUAGUCAAUGCUUGUGAUUGUAAGUACUUUUGUGGGUAGUCAAUGCUUGUGAUUGUAAGUACUUUUGUGGGUAGUCAAUGCUUGUGAUUGUAAGUACUUUUGUGGGUAGUCAAUGCUUGUGAUUGUAAGUACUUUUGUGGGUAGUCAAUGCUUGUGAUUGUAAGUACUUUUGUGGGUAGUCAUUGCUUGUGAUUGUAAGUACUUUUGUGGGUAGUCAUUGCUUGUGAUUGUAAGUACUUUUGUGGGUAGUCAUUGCUUGUGAUUGUAAGUACUUUUGUGGGUGGUCAAUGCUUGUGAUUGUAAGUACUUUUGUGGGUAGUCAUUGCUUGUGAUUGUAAGUACUUUUGUGGGUAGUCAUUGCUUGUGAUUGUAAGAACUUUUGUGGGUGGUUAAUGCUUGUGAUUGUAAGUACUUUUGUGGGUGGUUAAUGCUUGUGAUUGUAAGUACUUCUGUGGGUGGUUGAUGCUUGUGAUUGUAAGUACUUUUGUGGGUGGUCAAUGCUUGUGAUUGUAAGUACUUUUGUGGGUAGUCAUUGCUUGUGAUUGUAAGUACUUUUGUGGGUAGUCAUUGCUUGUGAUUGUAAGUACUUUUGUGGGUGGUUAAUGCUUGUGAUUGUAAGUACUUUUGUGGGUGGUUAAUGCUUGUGAUUGUAAGUACUUUUGUGGGUGGUUAAUGCUUGUGAUUGUAAGUACUUUUGUGGGUAGUCAUUGCUUGUGAUUUUAAGUACUUUUGUGGGUAGUCAUUGCUUGUGAUUGUAAGUACUUUUGUGGGUGUCAAUGCUUGUGAUUGUAAGUACUUUUGUGGGUAGUCAAUGCUUGUGAUUGUAAGUACUUUUGUGGGUAGUCAUUGCUUGUGAUUGUAAGUACUUUUGUGGGUAGUCAUUGCUUGUGAUUGUAAGUACUUUUGUGGGUGUCAAUGCUUGUGAUUUUAAGUACUUUUGUGGGUAGUUAUUGCUUGUGAUUUUAAGUACUUUUGUGGGUAGUCAUUGCUUGUGAUUGUAAGUACUUUUGUGGGUAGUCAAUGCUUGUGAUUGUAAGUACUUUUGUGGGUAGUCAAUGCUUGUGAUUGUAAGUACUUUUGUGGGUGUCAAUGCUUGUGAUUGUAAGUACUUUUGUGGGUAGUCAUUGCUUGUGAUUGUAAGUACUUUUGUGGGUGUCAAUGCUUGUGAUUGUAAGUACUUUUGUGGGUAGUCAAUGCUUGUGAUUGUAAGUACUUUUGUGGGUAGUCAAUGCUUGUGAUUGUAAGUACUUUUGUGGGUAGUCAAUGCUUGUGAUUGUAAGUACUUUUGUGGGUAGUCAAUGCUUGUGAUUGUAAGUACUUUUGUGGGUAGUCAAUGCUUGUGAUUGUAAGUACUUUUGUGGGUAGUCAAUGCUUGUGAUUGUAAGUACUUUUGUGGGUAGUCAAUGCUUGUGAUUGUAAGUACUUUUGUGGGUAGUCAAUGCUUGUGAUUGUAAGUACUUUUGUGGGUAGUCAAUGCUUGUGAUUGUAAGUACUUUUGUGGGUAGUCAAUGCUUGUGAUUGUAAGUACUUUUGUGGGUAGUCAAUGCUUGUGAUUGUAAGUACUUUUGUGGGUAGUCAAUGCUUGUGAUUGUAAGUACUUUUGUGGGUAGUCAAUGCUUGUGAUUGUAAGUACUUUUGUGGGUAGUCAAUGCUUGUGAUUGUAAGUACUUUUGUGGGUAGUCAAUGCUUGUGAUUGUAAGUACUUUUGUGGGUAGUCAUUGCUUGUGAUUGUAAGUACUUUUGUGGGUAGUCAUUGCUUGUGAUUGUAAGUACUUUUGUGGGUAGUCAUUGCUUGUGAUUGUAAGUACUUUUGUGGGUGGUCAAUGCUUGUGAUUGUAAGUACUUUUGUGGGUGGUCAAUGCUUGUGAUUGUAAGUACUUUUGUGGGUGGUCAAUGCUUGUGAUUGUAAGUACUUUGUGGGUACCUUAUAAUGUUUUCGAUUUUUAGUACAUUUUUGUGUACUUUAUGAUUGUGAUUGUAAUUAUUUUUAUGGGUACUCUAUGCUUCUGAUUGGAAGUACUAUUGUGAGUACUUGAUAAUGCUUGUAAUUUUAAGUACCCUUUUGAGUCUUGUAUGGUAUUUAACAUAACAUUAAAGAGAGUUAUAAAAGGCAUACAUAUUGACACCCUAGCCACAAUAACAGGAUAUUUUCUGAGGGAGACCCAAGAUCCACUACCAAUGGGCACUCUCUACAACCAACUCCUUCAAUAUCUUGCAUAGCACUGCUAGGGAAAAAGUAUUAAAGACGUAUCAAAAUCCUUUAUUGAAUUAGAAGAUGCAUCACUACAAGCAGGGCUGGAAUUUAACAACCAAAACACAAAACCGUGACCAUGAUAAGAGAAGAAGAGACCGAUGAAGCAAUUAAAAUUAGAAACCAGACUUUUGAAAAAGUAAAUCAAUUUUUAAAAAAGAACUAGAAUGAAAGAAAUGAAUUACUAUUAGAAAUAAAAGAAAGAAUAUCAGCCAGAAACAGGGGCAUUCUUCAGUAGUCAGAAAAUAUUGAAUAACAUGUAAAAACAUUAAAAGAAAAAUAAAUAAAUCAGACCAAUUGUAACAUGCGCAAGUGAAACUUGGACCCUUACGAAAACGGCAGAAAACCUACUAGACACAUGGGAGAGGAAAAAUCUCCGGAAAAUAUAUGGACCAACAAAGAAUGAAUAUGGAUGGAGAAUACGAACCAAGCAGGAUUUGUACAGUCUAUAUCACGAUCUCACGCUAGCAGAAAUAAAAAGGGGCAGGCUACGCUGGACAGGACACUUAGAGAGAAUGAUAAAUGAAAGAGGAGUGAAGAGGGUGCCCCACCAAUACCCCAGAGGAAAACGGCUCAAAGGCAGACCUAGGCUUAGAUACAUGGAUGAUGUGGAGAGGAAUCUAAGCAUGGAAAAUAAAAGCAUCGGUUAGGUCUGAGUGGAAGGAAGAGGAGAGGCAGGCCACUGCCGUACAUUGGCUGUAGCGCCACAGUGAUGGAUUGUUUUUUCACUACAAGGUAUUUCAAUAAGGUAUUUUUACUCUUUAAAAGGAAAUUUAAAAAGAGUAUUAACACUCUAUGGUAUGUUAUUUCAAGAAGGUAUUGUUCGUCUGUUACAGGGUAUUUCAAGCAUCUCUGGAGCAGUGAUGACUAUGUUGUCUUGUUGAACUGUCCAGACUUACAUGACGUGGUCAAAAAUCAGUGGGGCGCAGGUAAGUGUCAAGGCAGGUGUGUUGCUCUUGCUGUUGGAUGUGAAGGCAGGGGUGUUUCAUUGAGUGGUCAAUCGCUCUGCUGUACGAAAUAUCUAUCUUUUGGGUUUAACUUUUGUUUUCACAAGAAUUAGACCUUUAAAUUUUAAACGUUUAAGGGGCAAAUCAUCUAAAAUAUGAAUAGGUUUAUUUCCCCCUAAUAAUAAAAAUACGUUAGAGUAAAAACGAUGAAUUUCUAAGAAGAUACCUAGUCAACCAUGCGGGAAAAAACUGACACUGGGUGUGACGUCUGAGGCGCCCUCACGCCAGCUCCACACUGACACUGGGUGUGACGUCUGAGGCGCCCUCACGCCAGGUCCACACUGACACUGGGUGUGACGUCUGAGGCGCCCUUACGCCAGCUCCACACAUCUCUUCAGUGAAUCAUGACUGCGUCAAGGCUCAGCUAUUUGUAACUAAUUUUGAAAGGGUGGUUUGCCUGGUUCUAAGACUGCCUGAAGGGGUGGUUUGCCUGGUUCUAAGACUGCCUGAAGGAGUGGUUUGCCUGGUUCUAAGACUGCCUGAAGGGGUGGUUUGCCUGGUUCUAAUCUGUCUGAAAAUUGUGUUUGAUUCGUUCCAUCUCCAGGCAAGUAUGUGUUUGACAGAGAAGUGGUGGAUCUCAAACUUAAGGAAGAAGAGGAACAACUACAUCAUGAACUGGAGAAGUUCAAGGAAAUUCUUGUACAUCAUUCGGUAACACUAACAUUAAUAUUUGUACAUACAGUUCCAGUGAAGAAAUGAUUAUACAAAGUUCCCGAACUUCUGUUAUUCAAUUUAACCACAACCGCUAAAAAUCAUUAUCCUAAACUCACAUAUCAUUAUGCUAAAUUUAAAUAUCAUAAUUCUAAGCUCAUAUAUCAUGAUACUGAAUUCACAUAUAAUUAUCCUAAACUCACACAUCAUUAUUCUAAACUCAUAUGUCGUUAUCCUAAACACACAUAUCAUUAUUCUAAACUCAUAUAUCAUUAUCCUAAACUCACAUAUCAGUAUCCUAAACUCAUAUGUUUGUUAUCCUAAACUCACAUAUCAUUAUUUUAAAUUCAUUUAUCCCUAUCAUAUACUUACAUAUCAAUAUCCUCAGCUCACAUAUCAUUUUCUUAAACUCACAUAUCAUUAUCCUAAACUCACUUAUCAUUAUACUAAACUCACAUAUCAUUAUUCUAAUCUCAUAUAUCAUUAUCUGAAACUCACAUAUAAUUAUUCUAAACUCACUUAUCAAUAUCCUAAAAUCACAUAUCAUUAUUCUAAACUAAUAUAUCAUUAUCCUAAACUCACAUAUCAGUAUCCUAAAUUCACAUAUCAUUAUCCUUAACUCACAUAUCAUUAUCCUAAACUCAUAUGUCGUUAUGCUAAACUCACAUAUCAUUAUCCUAAACUCAUAUGUCAUUAUCAUAAACUCACAUAUGAUUAUUUUAAAACUCAUUUAUCCCUAUCCUUUACUCACAUAUCAAUAUACUAAACUCACAUAUCAUUUUCUUAAACUCAUAUAUCAUUUUCCUAAACUCACAUAUCAUUAUUCUUAACUCAUAUGUCGUUAUCUUAAACUCACAUAUUAUCCUAAACUCAUAUAUCACUAUCCUAAGCUCACAUAUCAUUGUCCUUAACUCACAUAUCAUUCUCCUUAACACACAUAUCAUUGUCCUUAACUGACACACCUUUCUGUUGCUCAAGGCCCAUGGCAAGGUACGGGCCAUUUCUGCCAAGAGCCCAGGAGACGCCAUCUUGAAAACAGCAGAGGAGGAAUCAUGUGACCUGAUUGUGAUUGGAUGCCGUGGUCGGAGCGCUCUGAGGCGGACGAUCCUUGGGACAGUCAGCGACUACAUCGUGCACCACGCCAACGUACCCGUGAGCACUGGUUGAUCUGUCACGUCUAGGUUGACUGUGUGUGUGUGUUGACAGUUGGAUAUUUCAGGGCGUUGACCCCCGUCGUCAUAGCGUCAAUCCAUCCAGGGGGGGGGGGUUGCCUGUUUUGUCGUCAUAGCGUCAAUCCAUCCAGGGGGGGGGGUUGCCUGUUUUGUCCGGGGGGAUGGGGCGCCUGUUUGGGUCUGGUUUUUAUAUUGUGUUUUUUUUUUAAUUUGACUUUAUCUUUAUUUUCAUUUUGGGUGUGUGGGUUUGUGUAUAGGCUGGCGUGUAGGUUAGUAAUGUAGGUUGGUGUUUAAAUUGGUUUGUAAGCGGAUGUUCUGGUUAUUGUGUAGUUUGGUUUGUAGGUUGGUGUGUAGGCUGGUUUGUAGGCUGGUGUGUAGGUUGGUUUGUAAGCUGAUGUUUAGGUUGGUGUGUAGGUUGUUUUGUAAGUUGGUGUGUAGGUUGGUUUGUAAGCUGAUGUGUGGGUUGGUGCAUAGGUUGUUGUGUAGGUUGGUGCAUAGGUUGUUGUGUAGGUUGGUGCGUAGGUUGUGUAGUUUCUUCAAAAAGACCGUCUUCGUAACAGGCUAAUGAGAAGCAAUUAAAAUCUGGAACUCUAUAAUCCCCCUUAACCGAUGUUGGGCUCAAGGAUACCCACAUGUAUGCUUUGAAUGUUUUAUGAGAAUAUCUAAUUUAUUGACUUUCUUGUGAGCUAAUCGAUAAAAUAGACAAAUAUAUUCUUAAUAUAGGGAUAAACAGCGACAUGGUCAAAGAUUACGUCGUAAGGAAAAAUGUUGAAGAUUGGGUGAGUCUAUGAGAGAGUGAACGAGACCAGGUCAAACAUUAGAAAUAAUUAAAAAAAUGGCCGCCAAAUCAGAGAAUAAAAAAAAAACCUGUCUUCUGUUAAGGGCCCAGGAUCAACCUAUUGAUCAUUCUGGCUCCUUUGUAUGUAGAGGCAUUUGCAACUAGUACACGAAAUAUAGACUAGUGGCAAACGUCAGUGCUAAAAUGUAUGUUGAUUGUAGUCUGUAUGUUGAUUGUAAACUAGCCUGCUUGUUGAUUGUAAUCAAGUCUGUAUGUUGAUUGUAACCAAGUCUGUAUGUUGAUUGUAAACUAGCCUGCAUGUUGAUUGUAAUCAAGUCUGUAUGUUGAUUGUAACCAAGUCUGUAUGUUGAUUGUAAACUAGUAUGUAUGGUGAUUGUAACCUAGUCUGUAUUUAUUCUUUAGGUUGUUGUCUGCCGACAUAAGACAAGCCGCAGGAAGUCCAGUUCCAUCGUCCCUCCAAAUCCUGAAGAGCUUCAGACUGGCGGGAAAUAGUUUUGUUCUGAGCAUGGGCAUCAAAGCUGUUCUCUUGAUAGUGCUGUACUUAUUGUGUGGCAUCAAAGCUGUUCUCUUGAUAGUGCUGUAGUUAUUGUGUGGCAUCAAAGCUGUUCUUUUGAUAGUGCUGUAGUUAUUGUGUGGUAUCAAAGCUGUUCUCUUGAUAGUGCUGUAGUUAUUGUGUGGCAUCAAAGCUGUUCUCUUGAUGGUGCUGUACUUAUUGUGUGGCAUCAAAGCUGUUCUCUUAUUAGUGCUGUACUUAUUGUGUGGCAUCAAAGCUGUUCUCUU